AUGUCCGUGCGACAGGACAAAGCGACGACUGACCGCUUCGCGCGUACGCUCCGCGAGCUCGUCAAGCGCCCCGAAAACAAAGUCUGCGCGGACUGUAAACGCAAUGAUCCACGAUGGGCGUCCUGGAAUCUGGGCGUUUUUCUGUGCAUUCGAUGCUCGGGGAUCCAUCGAGGGAUGGGCACACACAUCAGCAAAGUCAAGUCCGUCGAUCUGGACGUAUGGACGCCCGAGCAGAUGGAGUCGAUUCAGAAAUGGGGCAAUCAUCUGGCGAAUUUGUACUGGGAAGCGCAUUUGAAAGCUGGGCAUGUGCCUCCUGAACACAAAAUGGAAUCUUUCAUCCGAUCCAAAUACGAAUCGCGAAGAUGGGCGAUGGACGGUCCUCCACCAGCCGAUCCCUCCGUGCUGGAUACCACCGGCGGCGCAGCCGGGUCAUCCGCGCCUCCCGCACCUCCACCAUCAGUGCCAGCACCAGCACCAGCACCAGCGACGACGCCCACGACGCAGCAGACCCGCCAUGCUCCGACAGCCAGCUUCUCCUCCCGCGCCGCGCCCGUCAUCACAAGGCAGCCUCAAACGCACCAGCUCCUUUCGUCCAACUACACCUCCAAUCGGCCGACAGGCGCAGUCCCCGCACAGCCCGUCCAGCAGGCACACGCCACCCCCGCGCCAGCGCAGGCGCAGGCGGCACAGCCUAAAUCCCUCGAAAACGAGCUCUUCUCGCUCGACUUCCACGCGCCGUCUCCGGUGCAGAAGACGGCUGUGGCGGAGCAGCCGAAGAAAGACGUGAAGCAGGAUAUUUUGUCGCUUUUUUCUGCGCCCCCUCCGGCUGCUGCUGCCGCUGUUGGAGGUGCUGGAUUUGGAGGCGCGUUUGGGAACCAGGCGGCGCUUUGGGGUGGUGUGCAGGUGCCGCAUGCUCAGAUGCUCCCUCAACAACAACAACAACAACAACAACAACAACAACAGCAGCAGCAGCAGCAGCAGCAGCAGCAGCAGCAGCAGCAGCAGCAGCAGUUGUUGUUUAACCAGACACAGCAGUGGGGCGGAGGUGGUGCAAGUGGUGCUGGUGCUGGUGCUGGUGGAUGGAACGGUGUGGGUGCAACAGCGCCUAUUUUACCUGCGCAGCCUAAUGUCUGGGGCACACCUGCCUCGUCGUUGUCGCCACAACAGCAACAGCAGCAGUUCCAGCAGCAGUUCCAAAUGCAGCAUCAACAGUACGCGCAACAACAGGCACUGCAGCAGCAGAAUAGUUUGUUUAAUACAAACGCUGUGUGGGGCGCGCCUGCUGCUGCUGCGACGCCGGCGGCUGGUAGUGGUAUUCCUGAUCUGUUUGGAUCGUCGUCGGCGUUUGGGAGUACCGCGCAGCCUGCACAGCAGCAGCAGAAGACGGACGAUGUGUUUGGUGAUAUAUGGGGUGGAUUCAAGUAA